CCUGAGCCUUUCCACCGGGGUCCUGCCCCGACCUCCGCGCGCCCGGGGCCCCGCCGCCCCGGCCCUCGGGUGUUCCCUUGCAAUCUCGACUCGGCGCCGCCUCUCCUGAGCGGGGAGCAGAGCCUGGUGCGCGCAGUUCCCGCCCGCCGGAGCCCAGACGGCUCUGGAGAAUUGCGUCUGGGGAGUUCCUUUCGUUUUCCAGAAGCCGGUCUGGUGAAGCCCCCGGCCCGGUGGAGAAGUGCCCUGGGCCCUGCCGCCCAGAGCUCUGGCUGCAAACCUGAAAGGACUGAGUUGGCGGUGGGCGCACGCAGACCCCUCUCCCGGAGCGGCUCUUGCGCUGGCCAGGGUGCCUUAAGCAAGUACGGUGAAGUUGGCACAAGGCGCUGAAAUCUUUUGAAACUUUUUUUUUCCUUGGUAAGGGCGGUCAACCCUUGGAAAAGUUUGAGUACUAUGAUUCCGGGAAGUAGGAUGUGAACCAAGACGGUUACUAAAAAUAGUCGUGCCCGCCCCCUCCAGGCCUUUCAGUUUGGACGAUUUUGGCUGGGGAGCCUUGCAGCCCUUGGUCUCCUUAUUCCUCGCAAAGCAUAGUGGAGAAAUCUUUUGACUAUAGCUUUUCUUCAAGAUUCGGCGCCUCGAAUCCCAACGUGCCCCAGCCUGGCUACUGCUUUCUGGGAGAACCUGCAGAAUGUCGCUGUUAAGGAAUAGCUAGUGUUCCCGGUAGAGGAGGUUCUGCAGACCAGUCACCGAGGCCAGGGCGACAGAGUGAAGACCAGGAGAGCUGGAGAGGCCACUCCAGACUAACUUCAUGUGCUUAACGUAACUCUGAGCCCCCUUGAAUUUUUAACUUAGCUUCCCUUAAUUAAUCUGCCCAGGGCCUUUAUAUAAAUUGCUGUCCACAGCUGCUGCAAAUUGAUUUAUCCCCUGAUAAAGGUCGGGUUGCUGACCAAAGCAUUUUCUUUUUACCUUCUGUGUGAACUGAAAUCUGUUUUACAGGGUUUUUCCCCCUCCUAGUCUCCUAUUAAACAUCUGUAUCAUUUUUAAGUGCACUCAGUGGCUUUUUAUUAUCAUACCCCUCCCUUUGCAUAGAAUAGGAGUGGAACUGGGUCUGUGCCCAGUGAGUCCACACUCACCAGAAUACAAAUUGACCAGCCUGUCUGUGAUAAAUGGUUUGUUAGUGUUGGGGGCCACCUUUGAGUUUAUUGCAGCAUUUUUCCUUGACCAUGUGAGUAUUCUGUUGUGCCCAGUUUCUCCUGUCACACAGUUCCUUAGAAUGGGUCAACAAACACCAUUGUUUCUUAGAACAUCAUAGCCCCAACCUGGGUGUUUAUGUCAGCUGUGAUGUGUACAAAUAGAAGGGAAUUCCUGCUUCUGUGCAUUUUUUCCCCCUUGUUUAUCCUUAAAGUCUUAAUAUUAUGGGGGCUUUCAGAUAGCGUAAACAGGCUGAUUUCUUUUUCUUUUUACUGAUUGUUGUUGCUUAAGGGAGGUCUGACCAUCUCACUCAGUGUUAAUGAAGGAGUCUUAGUUUAACCCAGGCUUUUUUUUGCAGCCAGGGUGGAUGUUGAGUAAGUCCAAGUCUCUCAUUGGUUUACUGGUACUGUAUUUAGCAUUUGAUAUUUCUUUGGUUUAUUCUUUCAAAAGACAAAAUUCCAUCCAAAUAACCAAGGCAUCAGGCUCAUUCUGAGUGCAUAAAAACUGACUUUAUCUAAGAUUAUACUAAGAGAAGAACUAUAUAUUAAAAAUCUUUAAGCGUUUAAUAAUUUUAUUGUAAACCAUUUAGACAGCAGUCACUUUAUUUGGAAAACUAAAUGCUGAGCGGGAGAAUUUGAGUAUGUAGUUUGUCCAGUGUCCAGUUCAUACCUAAUAAAAGCAGUGAAGAAAACAGUCUUUUUCUUUCGUGUUUGGACAACUCAAGGCAGACCAGAAGUCUUUGAAAUGUUUUCUGUUGUAGGUUUAGUCUCUGACACCCUAAUGCCUGCUAAUAAUUUGAUUUUAAAAUGAUCCUUAAAGGACCUUCCUAAUAAGAAGCAUUCUACUUGCAAUACAAUGCAAACUGCACUAUUAAAUGUCAAGUUGCUGGAAAUGGUAGGACAGUAUGUGUUGCAUCUACAGGACUGCAGCUUUUUAAUAUUUUUACAAUUUUUCCUUUCUGAAAAAAUUAAAAUAUUGCUCUUGAUGCGAGGAUUCCAUGAUGCACUUUCCCAUGGAGGAUAUUAAUCUAACUAUUUGCAGAUAAAAGCACACUUCAUAAAUUGCAAAGAACUACACAAAUGUAAGGUGCCAUUAUCGUUUAUUGUAAAAUAGAAGCUUAGCCAAAAAAAAUUUUUUUUAACAUUGAAAAGGGAUCUCGAGAAAGAAAUGCUUCCAAUAGGAAUGCUGGUCACUGGUUGUCAGUUUAGGACAUUCUUCACUGUCAAAUCCUGUUUCUCACUUCUUUGAUAUGAACAUCAGCUGACAGGCACUGAAUGCAAAGCCUUCUUCAUUGAGGUUUUAUGCAGGCAACAUAGCCCGUUGUACCAAAGCAGUCUGAAAAAUUGGCACCUGCAGGAUUUGCAUGUGAAAAAAACCGAGCCAGUUGCAUUUUAUUGGAGUCUAUUACUGUAAGUUAUGUAAGUUCAGUGAGAAAAACUUUUUAUUUGUUGCCGUUUCGGCAUUUAAAAGUUCUCUCUUUUACGGACACCUUGUUCAUCGUGUAGUGAUGCACAGACUGUCAAUAGCAGAAGCAGGCAGAAGAGAUCUCUGAUUUCAUAGUAAUUUAUUAUAGAAUAGAGUUAUUUUUAACCAUGUGCUUACACAGUGCACUUACAUUCAUACUUAAUUUUUAAAAUGUGCCUUAAAAUGAUGAACUCGUACAACUUUCAGAAUAAUCUAUCAGAAGCUAAACAAAUACAUAAAAUUAGGUUAAGAUAAAUAUCCUUUGAAAACAAUCUAGGAUUUUAAGAGUUAUAUACUUCAAUAGCAAGUUAACAUCUGUAAGAAAGAAAUUAAAUCUUUUAUACUUCUAAACUUCAGCAAAAAUGUUUUCCCCCAUUUACUUGUUAAAUCAUUUGUUACCUAAAUACCUUUUAAAUAUAUCCUGUGUGACCCUAUUUAAGCAAAAUAACUUACAAAUGUUAAAUCAACUAAAACACCUUUGUGAACCUCAGAGUAUUAUCCAUCAAUGAGAACAUUUUAUCCAGAAUGUUGUUAUCUAAAGAGACACCUUCCAACUUCACUUUUUUACAGCGAUUAAUUUAAGAGUUCCUAAAUACUGUUUAAAGAACAGUGAACAUUUUAUUAAAGCAAACAUCAGUUCAGUUUAAUGGAGGUAAUUGUAAGUGAUAAGACAGAGCAGGUUAUCUGUGUUGUUUAAACAGAAGGAGCUACUUUGCACCAUUUCCAGUAGCCAUCUGUAGAAGAGAAGGGUUUGCACCUGUCUGUCCACACUAAUUAUAGAUUAGGGCCAAAGAAAUGAAAUUCGAGGAGGUUUUCAGCUAAUGAAAUCCAUACUGAUUUUAUUGUAAAUGUGUUUUGUGUAAAGAGGGUGAUGGUUGAGUUAUGAGUGAAUAAAUCGCUAUGUAGCUGCUAGGCACUUGGGUUGGAAGCACAAUUCUGCAUUAACCUUUGAUAUAUUAAAAAAAAGACAAACAACUUAGACAUGGAUGCUAGCCUUUGUUUGGCAUCUAUAGCUACAAUUUGGUGAGCAGCAGUGAGCUUCAGUGUGCAAUUUAAAAAUGCCCUGUAAAGCAGCUUAAAUGUUAAGAAUAUUGUAAUAUUUUGAAAUGCAGAUGAAGUGGAAGGUAGGUUUUGUUUUAACUUAUGUAUAUAAAACAUUAGAAAAUUAGAAAGCGUUUUUCUUUUUCUCUGCAUUUCAGUUGCACAUACAUGAGAAAUUAAAGCAAAAUGGGUGAGGAAUGCAUUCUGCAAUAAAAGGUCACAUGAAUGUCUACCACAUCUGUUUAUAGUAAUUAUGAACAUAAUUAACAUAAGAAUUACAAAUGAAAUAAUGACAAGCUGAGCAAUGAGAUAUUAUGCCAUAAUGGUCAUAUGUUGGAAUUCUCACAUUAUAGCACACUAGAAUUCACAUACUCAAAGAAAGAAAGAAAAUGCUAGAUUUUUAUCUGAAUUAAUGCUUCAAAACUUAUCUGCCUGGGGCAGAUGGACUUCUUGCUUUUAUAGGAAGGUAACCUGUUAUUAAGAAAAGAACUAGUUGAAAUUAAGAUUUUUAGUCUCCAGCCUAGACUGUAAGACAGCUGUGAUUAUAGAAACCACUUUCUGUUAUACACUUAUUUUGUGAUUGUACUUCUUGAUUAUUAUGUUGCCUUUUUUUUUUUAAAUGAUAGCUUUGUAGCAAAGUGUUUGCUUUGGAAGAGAGUCAUGGAUUCUUCCCAUCUGAGAAUUGGUUGAUCUUUUCUAUAACUGUGAGCCAAAAGUCAAUGAACAAACAAGGUAGUAAUAGAAAUACUGUGCCUUUACAAAAUAAGAACAUUGGCAGAUUAGCUUUGCACGGUUUUUUUUUAUGCCUUCAGUGUUUGGAUGCUUUUUAAAGAAAAAUGUAAGCCUUUUCUGUGUUUGAAAGUAGUAGUGUAUUUGGUUGUUUUUUAAAUAGCAUUUAAUGGUGGGCAUUUUUAAAUUGUAUUUUUUUCUUCCUGGAGUUGCACUGGAUUUAUAGGCAUUUACAUAUAGUCUGUGUCCAUAUGGAUCUAACUGAAGUAUAAUAAAAGGGAAGGUAUGUGUGGUUGCAUCUGGUUACUCUGAAGGUAGUUUCCUAUAACAGCUAGAGAAAAGUGAAAAGUGACCUUUUAUGAGAGCUAAAACGAUACUUCAGAAAUCUGUUAUUAAAUUUAAAACAUGUAAGAAUGACUGAUUUUCACCCAUUUAGGGCUCAUUUGAUUUUGUAACGUACCCUGCCAAAUGGUUUACUUCCUACCCUUGCACCUUUCUGUAACUAUAGAACCUGGUCAGUUUUUGAAGAUUUGUGGGAAAAUAUUACCUUGUUCUUGUCUCAGUGAUACUACAAGGUUUACUACAUUAUUGGAUUACUCGAGGAUGGUGGCAGACCCCUUUUUAUCUGACAUUCAUUGCAUGACAAGAUUUUUCACACAUUCCCUUCCCGCACCUAUACCCAGCUUUUUUCACUUUGCUUUACCUAUGAAAUUUCCCUUAAUUUUUUUCUUGGGGUGGGAGCAUGGGCAGGUGGUGGUAGGAGUAUCUGCUGUAUAUAAAACCAUUUUUUGGCUAAGUGUUUUGGAGGGGAGUGAUUGAUUAAACAAUGCCUCUCCUCAUUUUCUGAAGGGCUUCUUCAAAUUUGUCUCCUCUAGGAGGCUGUUGCCAGCUCUCUUGCUCUUCCAUGAUUUUCUCUACUCACUAGCCUUACUCCCCUCCUCCCUACCAUAUUGUCCCUUUAUAUUGAAACCCCAUGCAUAAACUAUUUUAUACCUGGAAGUUUCACUGCAGCUGGGGCUGCAAUGUAUGUCAUGAACAAUUAUGCAGCUUCUUGGCUACUCCAUUCUCAACUCACUCUUCAUACUGCAGUGAGAGCUUCUUAACCAAGCUUCAGUGCCUUGAAAUACAGCACAACUGAAUGCUCCCCCUCCCCCCAAGAAAAUAACCUUCUUUGCUGCAUUCUCUGCAUUCCAUUAAGGACCUGAUCAGACGUUCAGAUUGUCUGAUGGGUGCGUUUAAAAGUGAAAAGGGGUCCCCAUGGGACUACUCAGGUGUAUCUCCCUCCUGACUCUGAUGGGGUGGAGGAUGAACUCUGGUCUGACGGACAAGCAUUAGCCCCUGCUUGUUCUCUGAUUGAUUCUCAGGCCCUGAGUGGGUGAAGAGCUGUGAGGCAGCAGCUCAAGCUAAGAUUGAUUGCCUCAAUUUCAAAUUCCCACCUCCAAAAUAGGCUCUCAGAUGUACACAUAAGGAACCCCCUCCUCCAACAUAAUUUCUGGAGGUGGAGCAGGUGUUUGAGUCACCUGUAGCUACCAAUCACGAGUGGUUCUUAUCACAGUGAUGCUGGCUGCACAAGUCUUCUUCAGGGAUGCAUUAAAGCCCAGCGAUGGGAGAUAUUUUAUAUCUGCCUGUGUCUAUCUCUGUAUGUGUGAUUUUGGGUGGGGGUGGAAUUUAGAUACUGGGGUCAGCAAAGAAAGGAACAAGAACUUCCACUUGAGGUUGGUCUGGAAGGCUGUGUAACUGCUGUGAGGACUCAACUAGGUUUGUUUUGCAAAUUGUGGCUGUUAGGAUGGAGGUGAGAUAGUGAAUGUCUCAUUGUUAUGCUUUGCCAAAGAAGAGCUCUUGAUCCUGCCCCCACCCUGCCACCCCCGACCUUGACAGGACCUCCAGAAUGUUCACAGUCUAGCCUUGGAGCAGGGAAAUACAGUUUACUAGUCUAGAUUACUCGUUUUUCUUGGAGUACGGGCAGAUUUGGGAAUGCAGGCGAUCCCCAGCCCUACCUCACCCUCAGCCAGCCUUGGGGUACCUCGUUGCCAGUUGCCACCCCCAUCCUAGGGCCUGAGCCCCCACCCCCUCCAUCCGUUUUCGGUUUCUUCCCUCCAGCCUCUGUCUCUUCCCUCUCUCUCUUCCUCCCUCUGCCCCACUUUUCCUCCCUCUCCCGCUCUGUCUCACACGCACCCUCUGUUUAUUUUCCUGCCUCCAUCUGGGCCCUGCUGAUAUUGUAAUCACCCUGAUGCACGUUGGCUUCUCUCCUCUCCCUCCUGCGCUCACACACUCACUCACACACAAUGUGCCAUCCUGACAAGCCUUUUACUUCUGAUAAGCUCCGAUGUGUGUUUAAUGAAUACAAAGCCUCGGUCUGGGUGCCGCCUCUGCUGCGGCCGCUCUCCUGCGCUCCUUUGCCAGAAGAUCGGACUGAGAAGCACUCCACGAUGCCAGACUCACCUGUGGAUGUGAAGACCCCAUCUAGGCUAACUCCUCCCACGAUGCCACCUCCCCCAACAACUCAAGGAGCUCCAAGAACCAGUUCGUUUACACCAACAACGUUAACUAAUGGCACGAGCCAUUCACCCACAGCCUUGAAUGGCGCCCCCUCACCGCCCAAUGGCUUUAGCAAUGGGCCUUCCUCUUCUUCCUCUUCUUCUCUGGCUAAUCAACAGCUGCCCCCAGCCUGUGGCGCCAGGCAACUCAGUAAGCUGAAACGGUUCCUCACUACCCUGCAGCAGUUUGGCAAUGACAUUUCACCAGAGAUAGGAGAGAGAGUCCGCACCCUCGUUCUAGGACUGGUGAACUCUACUUUGACAAUUGAAGAAUUUCAUUCCAAACUGCAAGAAGCUACUAACUUCCCACUGCGACCUUUUGUCAUCCCAUUUUUGAAGGCCAACUUGCCCCUCCUGCAGCGCGAACUCCUCCACUGUGCAAGGCUGGCCAAACAGAACCCUGCCCAGUACCUCGCCCAGCAUGAACAGCUGCUUCUGGAUGCCAGCACCACCUCACCUGUUGACUCCUCAGAGCUGCUUCUCGAUGUGAACGAAAACGGGAAGAGGCGAACUCCAGACAGAACCAAAGAAAAUGGCUUUGACAGAGAGCCUUUGCACUCAGAACAUCCAAGCAAGCGACCAUGCACUAUUAGCCCAGGCCAGCGGUACAGUCCAAAUAAUGGCUUAUCCUACCAGCCCAAUGGCCUGCCUCACCCAACCCCACCUCCACCUCAGCAUUACCGUUUGGAUGAUAUGGCCAUUGCCCACCACUACAGGGACUCCUAUCGACACCCCAGCCACAGGGACCUCAGGGACAGAAACAGACCUAUGGGGUUGCAUGGCACUCGUCAAGAAGAAAUGAUUGAUCACAGACUAACCGACAGAGAAUGGGCAGAGGAAUGGAAACAUCUUGACCAUCUGUUAAACUGCAUAAUGGACAUGGUAGAGAAAACAAGACGAUCUCUCACUGUACUAAGGCGAUGUCAGGAAGCAGACCGGGAGGAAUUGAAUUACUGGAUCCGGCGAUACAGUGAUGCCGAGGACUUAAAAAAGGGCAGCAGCAGUAGCAGCAGCCACUCCAGGCAGCAAAGUCCCGUCAACCCAGACCCAGUUGCAUUAGAUGCACAUCGGGAAUUCCUUCACAGGCCUGCUUCUGGAUACGUGCCAGAGGAGAUCUGGAAGAAAGCUGAGGAGGCCGUCAACGAGGUGAAGCGCCAGGCGAUGACCGAGCUGCAGAAGGCCGUGUCUGAGGCUGAGCGGAAAGCCCAUGACAUGAUCACGACAGAGCGAGCCAAGAUGGAGCGAACAGUCGCCGAGGCCAAGCGGCAGGCGGCGGAAGACGCCCUGGCUGUUAUCAAUCAGCAGGAGGAUUCGAGUGAGAGUUGCUGGAAUUGUGGUCGUAAAGCGAGUGAAACCUGCAGUGGCUGUAACACAGCCCGAUACUGUGGCUCAUUUUGCCAGCACAAAGACUGGGAGAAGCACCACCACAUCUGUGGACAGACCCUGCAGGCCCAGCAGCAGGGGGACGCACCUGCAGUCAGCUCCUCCGUCACGCCCAACAGCGGGGCCGGGAGCCCGAUGGACACACCACCAGCAGCCACCCCGAGGUCGACCACCCCGGGGACCCCUUCUACCAUAGAGACAACCCCUCGCUAGACAUGAACUCAGAACUGUCGGAGGAAAGACAACACAACCAACACAAAACCAAUUCCUCAUCCUCAGAUGCUCAAAGUUGUUUUUUUGUUUGUUUGUUUAUAGAUGAACUAUCCUAUUUCAGUACUUCAGCAAGAGAGAACCUGACUGUAUCUUGAGGCGUUAGUAAAACAAAGGGCCAGUAACGGGUCGUAAUGACUUAUUGUGGAUAACAAAGAUAUCUUUUCCUUAGAGAACUGAAAAGAGAGCAGAGAAUAUAACAUGAAAAGAUAGAUUUGACCUCCUCCCUGUUAUUUUCCAGUAGCUGGGAUUUUAAACUAGAUGACCUCAUUAACCGAUGCUUUACCAAACAGCAAACCAAGAGAUUGCUAAUUGCUGUUGAAAGCAAAAAUGCUAAUACUAAAAGUCACAAUGUUCUUUAUAUAAAAUAAUGGGAAAAAAAAGAGGAAAACUCUCAAGGGCAUGAGCAUUGGCUACAGCGGUAGACAUUUUAACAAGAAGAUGAAUGGCGUCUGUGGGUUGCUAACUGAACUUUGAAGACCCGCUACAAAAUGUGCACAUGUGUAGCAUAUUGGAAGGAGACACAGAUGUUUGAUUUUUUUCCCUGUUUCUGAAAAGAAAUAAUAAUAUCCAGGUCAACAGAAUGAAAAAUGAAAGAUGAUUUGCAGUGGGAUGUAUGAAUAUAGCAGCAAGAAAAAAAUGCCAUAAUACAAAAGGCUCCUUUAUAUAUAUAUACAUAUAUAUGUAUAUAUAUGUAUAUACAUAUAUAUACACACACACACACAGAAGUAAGAGACUCAGCCUGCAGUUAAUUAGCAUUCUGGCAGCUUUGACAUCAGCCAGCUGCCCUAAAUAACCCUUCAACGUUUCUUCACUUUUGCCAGGUUCCACAGUGUAAGGACAUUGGGUCUAUUCCAGCUCAUUCAUUUUAUAUUGAAAAAUAAUUUUAAAAAAAUGGUGGCUCCAGCUCCAGCCCCUUUCCAAAUUUUUUCAACCCCACCCUGUUUGAAUUUUUAAUUAAAAACUAGUAGUUCUCUUGGUGUUAAAACACUUCUGUCCUGUGAGGUUUCCCAAUGGUGUUUUUCUUGUAAAUGUGUUGGACAAAUGUGAAGAUGCAUUGUAGUUUAACCAUAUGCCCACAUUUAGUCUCUCUAUUCCUAGUUGGUGAGAAACCUGUAUCUUUCCUAUGCUGCUUUUAUAUCUGUAUGUGUUAGUGAUAUAUCUCUAGUAGUUCGAAAAAAAGAAAAAAACAACUCUUUUUCGGUUGUCCUCAAGAAAAGAAAAGAAAAAAGGCUAUCUUUCGGAGCUGCUAUUUCACUCUCUUAUAGGAUUUUUUUUCCUGAAAACCAGCAUGCUUCACGGAAUGCUAACAUAUUGGUGUUUUUGUAAGAGGGAUGUACAUAAAUGUAUUUUGCACUGUCACAAUGACUCCCUAGGCAUGCUAUUUU